AUGGUUUACUACCGGAGCUGGGACAGCUUUGUGUCCGAAUGCAACAAACUAUACGAGUCAUCGCCUGUAACGACCCGAUAUUGCACGAAAUGGCGUCACAGUCUGGGCCUGCUAAUACUCAAGGUAACAGACGAUAAUAAAUGUAUCAAGUUCAAGACUCGAUCGGCGGUCUACUUAAACCGAUUUGAGCUCAUGACCCGGGCAACGAUACAGCAGAUGCAAAACGUGAAGGCCACCAACGAGCCCGAGGUUACCGACAAGACCACGACGGAUAACAAGCCCAAAGAUCUUGGUUCGCUUGGUCCAUCCACUUCUGCUAAGGAAGCCGCCAAACAGCCCCCUGGAUCCAAAAAGAAGAAAGGGAAAAAGAAGAAAUAG